AGUCCGGACGCUUCCCCCCCCCUUCCAGUCCGGACGCUUCCCCCCCCUUCCAGUCCGGACGCUUCCCCCCCCCUUCUAUCCGGACGCUUCCCCCCCCCUUCCAGUCCGGACGCUUCCCCCCCCCUUCCAGUCCGGACGCUUUCUCCCCCUUCCAGUCCGGACACUUUCCCCCCCCCUUCCAGUCCGGACAAUUUCCCCCCCUUCCAGUCCGGACACUUUCACCCCCUUCCAGUCCGGACACUUUCCCCCCCCCUUCCAGUCCGGACACUUUCCCCCCCCUUUCCAGUCCGGACACUUUCCCCCCCUUCCAGUCCGGACACU